AUGCCUCACAUAGCGAACCAAAUCCCUACGCUGCCGCAGUACAACAUCUCGCGACUUAAUUUCCGAGAUGUACCAGACAGGGAUGGGCAGCGUACCGCAGUUGGUGCCGACGUUUCCAUCACGGCGUACAACGAGUUUCCAGUCAGCCUUGACGUGCCCGAACUUGGUUUCGAGGUUCUUGUCCCCAACUGUAAUUCCUUCGAGCCCUACAUCCUCCUCGCGGACGCCACCACCAAGCCUCUCGCUAUCAAGCCGCGGAGCGUUGUGACUGUCAAUGUUUCGGGCAUCAUCCGAGAACUUCCCAAGUCCCUGACACGGGUUUGUCCUAACUCCAAGUCGUCGCCUCUGGACAAGUUCCUGGAGCAGUACAUGCACGGCGAGGCUGCCACCGUCUACGUCCGGGGCCGGAAAAUGCCCGAUUCAGACACGCCUCACUGGGUUGGGGACAUUUUGUCUGAGAUCACUGUGCCUGUGCCCUUCCCGGGACAGGGGUUCGACAAUCUCAUCAAGAGCUUCUCUCUCACUGAUGUGAAUUUCCAACUCCCUGACCCAAUGGCGGAUCCCGAUGACCCGGAUGGAGCUCCCAAGGUUUCUGGCACGGUAGAGGUACUCGCCAGCCUGCCGAAAGAGAUGAAUUUUGACAUCAACGUCACGGACUUGCGGGCCACGGCAGACGUGAUGUAUCAGCACAAGAAGCUUGGCGAGCUUAACCUUGACAAGUGGCAACCCGCGAAUUCGACAAAGGUAGAAGGCACCGAGAAGCACGAACCACUCCUGAAGAUUAUGUCUCGAGUCGUCGAUGCUCCCCUUAACAUCACCGACGGCGACGUUUUGACGGACGUGAUGCAGAGACUCCUUUUCGGCGGCAAGGAGGUCUUGUUGGACGUCAAGGCCGGUGUUGACAUCCGCGUCAAGACGGCUCUUGGAAACUUGGUUCUGAAGGAUGUCCCUGCAGAGGGCAAAAUCCCAGUAAAACGUCCGUACUAA